GCCUUUUACCUUGCGCCUUCCAUGCGGGAAAAGACUCCUCAAGGGCCGGCUGUCUUGUGAAUAAUUGGAAAUGUCGCUUGUAUUGAAUUAAAUCCAAAACGUAGUAAAUGAUCAAAGUACAAGAAGUCUAAAAUCCCCCUCUCCCUUCCAACCUCCCAUAUCUAAAAACAACUCUUCAACUUUUUCAACUUGAUUUCUUCUUCCCUUUCACACCCAAAUAAAAUAUACAAAGAUCUAUUCAAUCGAUCUUUUAUUCCAUCAAUACUUUUUGACUUUCUAUCAUACACGGCCCCAAAAUAAUACCAUUAGAUACCGACUAAUCUCAAUUAUUUGUUCCUCUAUCUUCUAUAUCCAUCUCAACUCGCUUCUUAUCGACAACAACAUUUUUCGGCUUUUCUCAUCCACGUCUCAAAAUUGAAGCUAUUCAGAAAAGUUUCGCAAUUCUCGGUACUACUACGAACGUUUCGCCAACAACAAAACACGGGUUACAAAUCACAAAACCUCAAAUCACGCAGAAAGGAUCAGAAUUUGAAACACAAAUUUUCUUUCAAAAUAUCAAAUAUCAAAUAUCAAAAGUAGAUGGUGUUGAUAGACAUUUAUUAAUAAUUCGAAUUGGAAAUAAAUUUGAGUUCUUUUGGUCAGAAAUGUCAAAUUCUCAUGAUGUUCGCCGGGGUUCGCCACAGAUGGGUUCCAACAACAGUAAUUCCGAUUUAUCAUCCCCACCACGAUCAAGUCCUGAGAUGGAUGACAUGCAAAUGCGUAAUGAUUUAAAUAGCAUUACAGUCAAUCAUUCCACCACAGGUGCUUCAACAUCCGAAAAGCCUGCCCGCAAGAAACCAGUUAGAAAGCCCAGACCAAAAGCCGGAGAUGCUAGCUCAGCUACAAAUACCGACGCACCAAAACCUAAAAGAGUUCGCAAACCCAGAGAUCCCAACGCUCCUCCUGCUGCCAGAUCACGAAAGAAGGUUACGCCUUCCGAAAUUACCAAUGGGGGAGAAUCAUCACGACAGACAAAAAUUACUGAUGCUCCUGGAAUGCGUUUGAGUGAUAUUAGCUUUAGUGGUCCUGCAACCCCACCAGUACAAAACGCCACGAUUGCCAAAUCAGGAGAAAGUGAGGCUAUUCCCAAGUCCUUCUUUAACUCCGCCCCACCGCAACCCCAACCUCAGGUUGCUCCACCACCGCAACCACAGCAGCAUCUGGCUCAACCCCAGUCACAAAUGUCAACACAACAAACACAGACUACCACUCGAACGAGCGGUCAAAACUAUGACCCUGUUAGAUCUAAUUAUGAUCCUGUUCGAGAAACACUCGUCAGCCAACACUCAUACAAUAAUUCCCAGGGAUCACCAAUUCCGCCUCAAGUUACCAAUCGCGCCAGUGCCUCACCUUCCAUCGCCAGUCUUGUCGACCCUCCCAAUCAGCCAUUGACCUCACCAUCAGCUCAUUCAUUCCUAAUGCAUCAGCAACGUCAACAAGACGGACAUACUUCCUUACCUGCCUCCCCAAUAGUUAAUCGAUUGGGUUUAUCAACGACUUCUGAUUCCGCUAGUCCUCGGACCUUUGCACCAACUCCCACACUAACGUCACAACCAAUGCCCGCUCCAACACCACCUCCCGCUCCAACCGUGUUGUCGCAAAAGGAACCCCAGAUUCCCAAUGGUAGCUCGAGUAAGAAGAAUAUAACCAACGGAACCUCAGGAACAUCAACUCCAAAGCCAUCGACCAAGGGUAAAGAGAAAGAGAAAGACAGUGUUCUUCUUACCCCACCUCCACUCCCUGGUUCUGGCCUGAUGCAGCUCGGAGGUAGUGAUGGUACAGAAACCCGUGCUCCCACAAUCGUUCUCGACAUCCCUUUGAAUGAUGGUGAAGUAAAUGUCUAUGUCAACUUUGCUCGUAUGGCCGAGGAAACAUAUGGUUGGGAUGCCUUACACCCUCGAUUGGCAGCUCAGCGUGAUCGGCUUGCAAGAGUUGCCGCUGCCGGUGCAGCCCUGGAGAGAAAUGGCUCAAGCAAGGAGAGUGGAGAUGAGAUGUCACUGGAUUCUGAAGGAGAGGCUAGUAAUAUUGAGAUGGGUGGAAUGAGUGAUGGACGUAUUGGGACUGAUGGGGGUACGAGAAAGGCCAAGCCAAAGAGAAAGACCAAGGAGGAUGAGUACGACAAAGACGAUGGUUUUGUUGAUGAUUCUGAAAUGUUAUGGGAGGAACAAGCCGCCGCUGCAAAUGAUGGCUUCUUUGUGUAUUCAGGACCUCUUGUUCGAGAAGGCGAGAAACCGACCCUUGACAGGUACGUGCUGUAAACCUCAGAUGAAUUUUUUUACGUGAGACUAACUUCUAAUUUAGAGGAGAGGGUCCAGCGAAGAAGCCUCGCACUCGAAAACCAAAAGUGGCUGGUGAGAAAACCACUACCACAAGUCGUACUAGUUCCGGCGGUAAAGCUUCUGGUACAUCAGGCGGCGUUGGUUCUCGUGGCGGAACCACAGCAGCACGUAAAUCUCGUAUCACAAAAGCUGAUCGUGCACGUAUGGAACAGGAGAAGAUGGAGCGAGAGCAGAUGGGUUCGAUGGGUUCUAUGGCUGGUAUGCCUGGAGGAUAUAACACCAUACAACUAGCACCAAGUUUAGGAGGAACACCCAUGAUUUUCAAUCAGUAAGUGUUAAGUAAUAGGAUGAUAUUUGGCUGGGAUUGAUCGAAAUCGUUUGGGUUUUUGUAGAGUUUUGAUUCUUGAAAUAUCAUCCUCUUUCAUGGGUCGAAAUGGUAAUCUUACCAGGCGUUCAGAAGGGAGGGUCGAAAUGCAUAUGGAGUUAUUGGCGGUUCAACGUUUGAGCAUAUAAUCCUGGUUGUACAUUAGACUACCUAUCUUUGCAUGACCGGAGAACAGUUACUUUUUGACUGUACAGUAUAUUGUAGCAUUCAAAUUCGAGAUAUUAUAAUACUACAUG